AUGACAUUCGCAGAUGACACUGUGAUUUGUAACAAGAGUAAGGAGCAGGUUGAGGAGAGCCUGGAGAGAUGGAGAUAUGCAUUGAGAAGGGUGAUGCAAGUUAGCAGGAGUAAAACGGAGUACAUGCUGAACGUGUGUAAGCAGGAGGAGGUACAGAUGAUGGGCAUGUUGCAGCCAUGUGUUCAGGCGUUUACACGAAUGGUGAGGGUGUGGAGACAAGGUUGCUCACCCCAGCGUUGGUGCAUGGGCUUCGAGAGAAGGACAGCUUACUUUACAAUGUAUAAGCAAGUGUACAGUAUGAAUCUGCAGACUGUGUAUAAAUGCUGUCCAGGAUGGACCCAGCGAGCAGAGGAGAGAGGCUGCUUACACAGACUAUGUUCCCCAGACACCUGUUUUAAUGGAGGUAGAUGUGCACAGACAGGGGAACGCAUGUGUGAUUGUCCGGUUGGCUUCCAGGGAACACGCUGCCAGUAUGAUGUGAAUGAGUGUGAGAACUCGAACGGUGGAUGCGAGGGCACGUGCUGCAACACUAUUGGCAGUUUUUACUGCAAAUGUCCUGAAGGCAGCACACUUGGAGAGGAUGGCAAGACCUGCAAGGAUAUAGAUGAGUGUGAGGAACUGAAUGGUGGCUGUCAGCAGAACUGUGUCAAUACAUUUGGGUCAUUCUACUGCGAGUGUGGUGAGGGUUUCCACAUGCACACAGAUGCUCGCUCAUGCAUAGCUGUGAACUCAUGCUCAGUAAAGAAUGGAGGUUGUGAGCACAGGUGUGUGGAUCUGGGAGGUGAACAUUAUAAGUGUGAGUGUCGCACUCAAUACCAGCUAAAGAGUGAUGGCAGGCACUGUGAGUUAAAAGACCAAUGUUUGGAGAGUAAUGGUGGCUGUGCUCAGCUGUGUAUCAGUGACAACAGAAAUGGAACCUUGGAGUGCAGUUGCAAAACUGGAUUCACACUUGCAACAGAUCACAAGAGAUGUGAUGAUGUAGAUGAGUGUCUGUACAUGCACACUGAGUGUGCUCAUGGCUGUGUGAAUAUGCCUGGCUCUUUCAGGUGUGUGUGUAACCCUGGUUUUGAGCUUGGGAUGGAUGGCAAAAAGUGCUAUCGUAUUGAAAUGGAGAUAGUAAAUAGUUGUGAGAAAGAUAAUGGAGGCUGUUCACAUCAUUGUGAACACAACAACAUUGGUCCAGUUUGCUCCUGCAACCGUGGAUACAAGCUCGCAGAUGACCUCAGGACAUGUAGAGACAAGGAUGAGUGUAAAAGUAAGGAGGACUGUUGUCAGCACUACUGUAAAAACUAUCCAGGAGGUUAUGAGUGUAGCUGCAGACCUGGAUACACACUCAAUCUGGAUGGCUGCACAUGUGAUGAUGUUAAUGAAUGUGCACUGGAGACAUCAGGCUGUAGUCAAUACUGUGUGAACAAUCAAGGAUCCUACGAGUGUUUUUGCAGGACAGGAUUCCAAUUGCACCAAGACCAACACCUCUGUGUCCCACUAUACGAGCAAGAUCUUGAUACAGAAGAAGGAGAAGAGACAGAGGGUGAGCAGGAGGAACUAGAAGUUCGUCCUUUUACUGAUCUGCUUUACCGGCGUUCCCCACAACUUCUGCAAUACGUUGCGGCACGCUCUACUUAUGACUAUGAAGACUUGGAAACGUCCUACGUGGAGCAAACACAGGGACAAGAACAGAGGGCAGAACUCACUAUGAUCAGCAAAAUUAUGUGCGAGGAAGGCUCAUUUGGUGAUAAUUGCAAUCUUAGCUGUAAGGACUGUGCUAACGGCGGUGUGUGUGGAGAGAAGAGAGAUCACUGUAUUUGUACACCUGGAUGGACUGGCAUCACAUGUAACCAAACUUGCGCUCUUGGCCUUUAUGGAGAAAUAUGCAAAUCCCUGAAUUGCAGGAAUGGAGGUAUAUUAACAAAUGUCCCUGGGAAGUGUUUUUGCCCUCCUGGAGUCUACGGCCUGCACUGUGAAAAUGGCUGUCCUCAUGGCUUUUUCGGAAGGUUCUGUCGAAGGAGAUGCAAUUGCCCCAAAAAUGGACUCUGCCACCCUAUGUAUGGUGGAUGUUUCUGUGUGGCUGGACUCUACGGAAAGUUUUGUCAUCUGCUGUGUCCAAGAUGGACGUAUGGAGCUGGAUGUUCAGAUGAGUGUGACUGUGUUCAGGAGAAUUCUCUUAGCUGUGACCCCCAAAAUGGAACAUGUAUCUGCAAGCCUGGUUACCAUGGUGACCGCUGCCAGACAGGUAUAGCGUGCCCUGUUGGCUUCUAUGAGCCUGGAUGCGAGUCUCACUGCAGUUGCCACUCCAACGCCACAUGUAAUCCGGUAAAGGGACAGUGUGUGUGUCCACCAGGAUACACUGGAAACAACUGCUCCACAGGAGACAGAUCUGUACUACUGACAGUCAAGUCAAGUCAACUUUAUUUAUAUAGCGCUUUUUACAAUAGACAUUGUCUCAAAGCAACUUUACAAAAUCCAGGACCAACAGAUACAAAAGGAAACUACCAAGAGGCCAGUGGCAACUUUGAAGGACUUGAAAUGUGUAAGCAGGACCAGUAUGGACUGAACUGUUUUUGUGCAUGGUGCUCUGUAUAUAAACAGUUUUGUGACCCCAUUAAUGGCAAGUGCACCUGUAUGCUUGGUUACUACGGCAACCACUGCCAACUCAAGUGCCGGGAGGGCACCUAUGGCCCUGACUGCAAAAAGAAGUGCCGCUGUGCAAAUGGGGGUCGCUGUGACUUCAAGACUGGCACAUGCUUUUGCCCACUGGGUUAUCUGGGAGCCAGCUGCAGUAUCAUUUGUCCUGCUGGGUGCUAUGGGAAGGACUGUGCCAAUGUGUGUGAGUGUGGUGAAGGAGGGCAGUGCCACCCGGUGACCGGGAAUUGCAACUGUGUUAGUGGUCGAACAGGCCAGUCCUGCCAGGAGGUUUGUCCUAGGGGGCGCUAUGGAUCACAGUGUCGUGCAGUGUGUGCAUGUGUAAAUGGAGGCUUGUGUGACCAUGGUGAUGGAACCUGCAGAUGUAGACUAGGUUGGACGGGCAUACAUUGUGAGCAAGUGUGUCAGCCAGGCUGGUUUGGAAUUAAUUGUGAACAGGAGUGUGUGUGUCACAAUAAUGGCACAUGCAACCACAUAACAGGCUCCUGCUCCUGUACGCCUGGAUACUACGGUCCUGCCUGCCAACACAAAUGCCCUGCUGGAUUUUAUGGUGAACUUUGUUCAAAUCAGUGCAACUGCGCACACAGUCCAACGUGUGAUCAUGUGACAGGACAGUGUGUGUGUACUCCAGGUUACCAAGGUGAACACUGUGAAAAAGCUUGUGCAGUGGGCAGUUUUGGUGCCGGCUGCAUACACCAGUGUAAGUGUGCAGAGGGUGUCCCCUGUAAUCCAGUUACAGGCAAGUGCCUCUGUUCCCUGGGGAGAACCGGGGAGUGCUGUGAUAAAGAUUGUCCAAGUGGGUGGUAUGGUCCGGAUUGUUAUUUACAGUGUCAGUGCACACAUGGAGGGAAGUGUGACCAACAAAGUGGACGCUGUGUCUGCCCACUUCCCUAUUUUGGACCAACCUGUCAGGAUAAUAACAUGGCUGUCUCUGUUCCAGUGAAGAGGCAGAUAGGUGUGUAG